AUUAAAUCAUAUCAUAUCAUAUCAUAUUAUAUCAUAUCAUAUCAUAUCAUUAGAAAGUCAAAUGUCGUCUGGAGUUCAGUUUUCAAAGAUAGGAUGACUGCCUGGUCGUGCAGUUUGCGCGCUGGACUGUCGUUUGGACUUAUCAAUGGUCCAGGGUUGAAACCCUGACCGCUCCCAUCCCCCGUCGUCCUGCAGGAUGUUUGAAUUAUGAAGUAAACUAUCUUCAACUCUGAAGGAACAUCCGAAACAUGUCAAACAUUUUACAAUAAACACAUUUCUAAAAUACUUGAAAUUACAGGUGGGGGGGGGGGUGCAACGAUUUAGAUUCAAUAACAAAAAGUCAAGUUCCCCUUUCACACCUUGCGAUCUAUAGGGCAGAUGAUAAAAAGUUCAUCUGUUUCUGUGACCCACGGUCAACGAGGGUGUCAUGUGGCCAUCUUAACGACCAACCGCCUUUACUUUCACCCAUUCACUAUUAUAUCGACCAUACCAACGAUUCACUGUUAGAUCUAUAAGAUCUAAGAUAUAACUGAUACACUAUUAUAUCUCCAGAAUAACUGAUUCAAUGUUAGAUCUAUUAUAAAACUGAUUCACUGGCUGCCUUGUCGUGUGGUAUUCGCGAUGGACUGUCGAUCAGUGCCCCCAUGUUCAAAUCCACGCUCUGCCAUCCCCCUUCGUCUUGCGGGCGUCUUGGACUGGGAAGUAAUUAUCUUCAACUCAUUUCUACUAAAUAAACAAGACACUAUUGGAUCUACUAUAUAUCUGAUUCACUAUUAGAUCUACGACAUAGACAUAAUGUAGGCACUAUUAGAUCUACUACAUAAUUUAAAAUAAACACUAACAGAUCUUUGUCCACUAUAUAACAGAGUCACAUUUUCGUAAACUAUCUAUGUAAUGUCUGAUUCAAACCCCCUUUUAUCCAUUGAACAGACGAAAGGUCAAAGAUAACUGAUCAGUUUCAUCAAAUCACUAUUUCAAGUUUUAGUUUCGUAUCUGUAUUGAACCGGUAUGUGGUCUUCUGUCACACUACCAAGUCAACGUGACCUAUUUCGUGUCUAUAUUUAAACAUGACGUUUCAUUCAGCCAAACUGGAUUAAGCCCAGACAAUGUACGGAAACCGGUACUUUCAUUUUCAGUGGUUUCCCGGAACAUACUAAAUUGAAAAAAAAAACCUACUGUAAGAUCUAAUAUACACGGGGCAUAGCGUUAUAAAGAUAAAGAUCCAGAUCUGGUGUUACGUGUACAUGUGGACAUGGUGCAUUGUGUACUAAAAGCAACAUAAAGCGCAUUGAAAUGGCCAGCCAACAGAGGCGCUCACAGACUUCAUCCGUCGAUUUUGCGAAUCUUUUAACCAAGUGGAGCGAAGACAAAGAUCCAGACAAUGUCGUGAUAGCCAUCUGGAACAAACACAAAGAACUGAAACAGUUUUUGGGGCAGGAUGAAAUUAAUGAGAAUUGUUUCGUUUUGUUAGUAAAAACUUUGAGCUCGGCUUCCCGGUGUUCUGAAAAUGAGACUGAAUUGAUUGGAAUUUUAAAAAUCCUUUGUGAAAGUCUGUUUUUAACUCAGCACAUCACUCUGUUCACAUUGUCUGUUCACGAUUUGCUAGGCUGGCAGCUGUGCCAAGAAGUGGUCGCUGACAUUAUUCAGAUCUUGCAAUGCAUCUUGCGUCACUUGCCAACUUUCUCCUACAAAGUCCGAGUCGCUGCUUCACGACUGAGCUUCAAAAUCAAAGAGUUUGACACUCUGUCCGACCGGGACAGAAUAGUCAACUCACUGGCAGCUAUUGUGCAACAAGCAAUAACCCAGCACGGCAGCGGGGAGAAUGUCAGCGCACAGCACAACACCCUGUUUCAACAUAAGGAUACAGACACACCUUCGGAAAACUUUCUGGAAGUUCCAGUCAUCCCAACGACCUCGGAUUUGUUGAACGACUCAAAACCUUUCCUCAGAAAAGCUGUACUUAAAGGAGGCUACAAAGAUGCUGAGCAUUACCUCGACGUCCAAUUCCGUCUGAUGAGAGUAGACUUCAUGACGCCUUUGAAGAACGGGCUGAAAGAGCUCAGGAAGAAGAAAGAGUUUAAUGGAUUUCGUUGCUCGGACGUAAGGCUUUAUCACAACGUUAAAAUUUUACAGACAGUUGUAACUACAGGUUAUAAUCAUUACAUACAGUUUGAUGUGGCGAGAUGUAAACGUGUAGACUGGGAGAAUACGGACCGCCUUAUGAACGGCGCUUUGGUUUGUUUGUCCAAAGAUGGUUUCAAAACUAUUAUUGUGGCUACUGUUGUCAUGAGAAAAUCUGAAGAAAUACAGCUCGGUGUUGUUGAGGUCGCCGUUCAGAGUGGAUUUGAAUAUUUGUUCGAGUCAACUGUCGAAGAUAUUUAUAUCAUGGCUGAAUCGAGUACAUAUUAUGACCCCUAUUUUCAUGUUUUAGAAAGUUUAAAAUCAAUGGUUGAGGGAUUUCCAUUGCAAAGUGUAUUGGUUCGUUGUGAAUCAGCCUUGAGACCUCCAUCCUAUCUUUUAUCACGUGGUGAUACUAUUAAUGUACCUAUGUAUCAAUUAUCAAGUCUGAUGAAGGAUCAACAGGCUGUUAAUGUUCCACUUCUGACUACCACCAAGUGGCCGAAUGUGGACGAGAUGUGUCUUAAUACGUCUCAAAGAGAAGCCGCCAUUUUGGCCCUGACCAAAGAGGUUGCGGUUAUACAAGGACCGCCAGGAACUGGAAAAACGUACGUUGGUUUAAAAGUAGUUGAAACUUUACUGAUAAACAAAAAAACUCAAAUGGCUAAAAAAACAACAACUUUCCAGUCUCCUAUUCUUAUCGUCUGCUACACCAAUCAUGCCCUGGACCAAUUUUUAGACGGAAUAUACAAAUUUUGUCCCAGUGGCAUUGCACGAUUAGGUGGAGGAUGUAAGUCUGAAAAUCUGAAACAAUUUGUCAUUAAAAUACGGCAAAAUAUCACAAUGUCAACAGAAUGGCAAAGGGUAUUUCUCUUCUUGAAUAAAAGGCUCAGUUCACUGGGAAGAGAAAUUCAAUCGCUCGGUGUUCUUAAAGAUUUUAUGACCAAAAGUCAUUUUGAAGAGUUUCAAGAAGAUGCAAUGCAACUGAGUACUUGGCUUAACGCUCCUAGUGGCUCCCCGAGCGAGGAAAUACCGAAACAAAUUGAGAAGCUUUUUACACAACUGGCUCUCAAAUGGAAAUACUCGAUGUCAAAGGUCAAAAUCAAAGAGGAAAUGGACGUUCUCGAAAGGUGCUCCAUAUAUUGCCACGUUAUUAAAAAGAUCAAAGAAAAAGUCAACACUGAAAAAGAAUUUGCUAGGAGGCGUGAUCGUCAAUUUCUGAAGGCUCAAGAAAUGCAAACUUUGUUAAAUAGAUUGUCAUCAGAAAUUGUGUCUGACAACAUCAUAGAUGAGCAUUACGGGAAAUCUUUUUCACAGAAAGUUCUAGAAAUGUUGAAAUCUUCACAAAUAGACCCACCAACCAAUCAAGCUGUUAAAUGCUGGCUUUUAGGUAAACACAAGAAAUUAAGGAGCCAGUUGCAAGAAAUUCAAGUUUUAACUAGAAAGCUUAAAAACGAACUACCAGGAAGCAUUUCUCAAAGUUCCGGUGCCAGUCUUAAGGACUAUAAAGGUCUCGGGUUUUAUUUAUCAGACGAGAAAUGUUUUGCUUCAACAAUAUUCGAUGGAUCUGACGAUGACCUUCUCUCUAUAGUACGGCAGUUAGAUGAACUAAAUGUUGGCGUCAUGGAGGAGUCUCUUGCAAGUGUAAGUGGUGGGAAAAUUUCACAGGAUGGUUGGCAAAAUGUGAGCUACCUCCCGAAAUAUAGUUUUGCUAAAGUGAUACGCGAAAUGGCAAGAACUAGCCCAAUGACUGAAGAAGAAGAAGAAAUGGCAGACAUAAAAAAAUUAAACUUACCCAAACGAUAUGCUCUGUACAUGCUGUGGGUAAAACGGUUUAGAGAACGACUUUUAGAAACUCUUCUAGAGAAAAGAAAACUGUGCAAGGAACAGCAAAAGGAAGAAAUGGCUCUUAAUAACAAACGAUUAGUUUCCGUACUGAAAAGUUCUCAUGUCAUUGGUAUGACCACAACAGGAGCAGCCAAAAACAAAGACAUUUUAGAGGAAGUUGGUUGUAACAUUGUCAUUGUGGAAGAAGCUGCUGAAGUUUUGGAAUCUCACAUCGUCACAGCUUUAAGUAAAAACUGCCAACAUCUGAUCUUAAUAGGAGACCACCAACAGCUACGUCCUAAACCAGCAACUUAUGAAUUAGAGAGAAACUUUGGUCUUGAUGUCUCACUAUUUGAAAGACUUAUUCUGAAUGAGAUCCCACACGUGACUCUCAAAAUACAGCACAGAAUGAGGCCUGAGAUUUCCCAGAUGAUAAAACUGAUUUAUCCAGAGCUGGAAGAUCAUCCUUCAGUGUGUCAAUUCGAACACAUCAGAGGGGUGUCAAAAGAUGUGUUUUUCAUCAAUCAUAAUUACCACGAAGUGAGUGAUGCAGACAGUUUCAGCAAGUCAAACGAACAUGAAGCCAAGUACGUGGCGGCUUUGUGUGAGUAUUUUACUAAACAUGUUUAUUCGCCCUCACAAAUUACCAUAAUAACAACUUAUAAAGGCCAGGUCUCACUUAUUAGAAAAUAUAUGAAAAAUCCCCAACCUCGAGUCUCAGCUGUUGAUGAUUUCCAAGGGGAGGAAAAUGAGAUCAUCAUUUUAUCUCUAGUGAGGAGCAACGAAGAAAAUAUCGCUGGAUUUGUCAAAAUCGAUAACAGAGUUUGUGUGGCGCUCUCUCGAGCCAAGAAAGGUCUUUUUGUGAUCGGGAAUUUUAACGUCCUAACCUCUAAAAGCAAACUGUGGAAGCAAAUUAUAGAUAUAGCUAAAAAACAAAGCAUCUUUGAUCGAGGUUUACCAGUUCAGUGCAUCAACCACCAAGAUGGGAAUCAGGUGUUAAAAACUGCUGAGGAUUUCUUACAACGUCCCGAAGGAGGCUGUGGACGUCCUUGUAAGUCCCUUCUAGAAUGUGGACAUCAUUGCCAGCUACCGUGUCAUGGGUAUGACUUGAAGCAUGAAAGUUAUGUUUGUGAACGGCCUUGUGGUAGAAAGUGUCAGCUUGGACAUCCUUGUCAGAUGCUUUGUUAUGAGCCUUGCCUUUGCCAACAUGUGUUGAAAAAGGUUUUGAAAGAGUGUGGACACAGCAUUCAACUGCCUUGUCACAAGUUUCUAGAAAGUUCGGAUUGUACUGAACAGUGCGGAAAGACAUUACCUUGUGGUCAUCGGUGUGAUGGGCAGUGCAAAUGCUGCAUGAGCCAAGGAUCUCAUGAUGACUGCAAAGUGAAAGUGGACUAUGUAGUGCAGUCAUGCGGACAUAAAGUUCAAAUCCCGUGCUUUCAAUCCCAAAGCAAUGUCUUGUGUGAGGUGCUGCGUCCAGCAAAACUAAGCUGUGGACAUCUUCAACAAAUACCUUGUCACGUAACUCCGGAAAAUGCCAAAUGCUCAGAAAAAUGCUCCAAGAAAUUGCCUUGUGGACAUCCUUGUGAAGGUCAGUGCUCUGACUGUGUAACGAAUGGGUCACACAAAGAAUGCCAGGUCCUUGUGGAUCAUAUCUACAGUCCAUGUGAGCAUAAAGGCCAAGUCCCAUGUUUUCAGUCCUCCGCAAGCGUAUCAUGUCCACACGACUGUACAUCAACAUUACAAUGUGGACAUUUAUGUACUGGGAAGUGUCGUGAUUGCGUUGGCAAACAAAACCACAAAGAUUGUCUUACUCCUGUAGACUACACUUAUAAACAAUGUGGACAUUCAGGUCAAGUUCCGUGCUAUAAGUCAUCCUCCAACGUAGACUGCAAUCAACCAUGUCCAUCUAAACUGAAGUGUGGCCAUCAAUGCAAAGGAACGUGUUCUGGCUGUCUCUACGGACUAGUCCACAAAGCCUGCCAGGAGACUUGCAAUCAACUGCUACCUUGCGGUCACGUCUGUACAGGGUUCUGCUCUAGCCCAUGUCUGCCAUGUACCCAACCCUGCUCUUACUCGUGCCGACACUCAUCCUGCACCACAAAAAGCAAACAAAAUUUCUGCGGUCAGCCUUGUCCGCCAUGCCAUGCCAAAUGCAUGCAGAAAUGUGUACAUCUUGUGAAUUUAAGAUACUGCUCGGAGCCGUGGGAAAAUGUUGUUUGUACAGAACUCUGCACGAAAAGGUUGAAGGUGUACCAUCCCGGCAAGCAUGGCAGUGAAGGCAAAACAUGUUCUCAUCCUUGUGGUGGAUUCUGUGGAGAAAUGUGUGUUUGUUCCAUUUGUGAAAAAGUUGUCUGUCUUGAGAAUGUAGAUACUACUACUUUGAUAAGUACAUUAAAUGCUAAAGUAGCUAAAUCUCUAAACGACGAUACGAAAAGCUCCAAAGGUCCUAUUAUAAAACUUCCCAACUGUGGGCACAUUUUUUAUGCCAAGGAGCUAGAUAAAUACGUGGCCAAACACAACCAGGUAAAUGCAAGUAGUUAUAUCUACUGCCCCCUCUGCCCAAAGCCGAUACUAAAAUGUUUACGGUACGACCAGCUUAACUGGCGAAGAUUUCAGGAAAGAGAAAAAAGAAAGCUGGAUCUUCUCCAGAGAAAUACAAUCUCCUCAGAACAUGAAUCCAGUAUUCAGAGGUCAAUAUCCAUUCUUACAGCACUUAAGGACUUCGAGCUCUAUGAAGAACAACUUGAGAAUGUUGGUAACAUUUUGAGUGAAGAAGAGUUUCGGAGCAUCUCCUUAAAAAUCAAGUUUAUUUACGCCAUCAGUCUCAUUGGCUUGGGUCACAAAGAAUGUGAAGAAGAAUGCCGAAGAGCUAGCUUGCUGAAAUUCGUCUUAGAGUCUGCAAGAUUCACCCAACAAAUGGAGGUAGAGCUUCACGAAGAGCUAGUCAGAUGUCUGAGACUAAACGCAUUGAAAGCACUGGAAAAGUUUUUCUCUGGGAAAGACUUUGGUGAUACGAGGCGUAGCAUCGAAAAGAUCAAAAGUUGCCUUGGUAAAACCCCAGUAGAACCAGACGUUCUGAAGAUGGCUCAUGAGUUGAUUAUGGCAUUGUUCGAUGUACCAGAUGAAAGAGUGAAGUCACUCCCGGCUGAAUAUCAACAAAUUCGAGAUAAAGUCUUGAAUAUAGAGAAAGUGUUAAGAUCAAGAACUUUUGAAACUCUGGCUGACGUUCUGUAUCCAAAGAAAAUUUCUUUUUCCAAGUCAAACUCUUCGGCCACACAUCAGGAUUACUUCUCAAAACUCUUUGGCAACAUUGAAGACCCUUGCGCCAUAUCCGAGGCUUUAACUGAUGCAGCCAGUAAGAAGGAAGAUGACAGGCCUUCAGACUUCAGAAGAAGACGCAAUUCUAUAGAGCGCAAUAAAACUGAGAAAACCAAGGACGAAACCUGUUCUGUCAAAAAUGAAACCCUUAGGGAUCGAAGAAGCACCAGUAGACCAGGAAGUCGAAUGAUACCGAAUGACUCUCAGGACAGGACAUUGCCCCAGAGUAGGACUUCUCAAAACAGGACAUUGAAUCAGGGCAGACGAACUAUGCUCCUAGAGGAUUUGGUGACAUUAAAGAGAGACCAGAGUGAAACACGUAGAACAGAAAGCAAGGAGGCUCUAGUGAGGCCGAGAUCACGCCUCAACCCAAUGAGAAGCAUUAGUACAGACAAUUCAAACAGAGUAAGAGUCAGUCGUGAAAGAGAGAAUGUCAAGCUCGAACAUGAAGAUGUGGCAGGAGUUUCAAUGUUACCAAAUCAACAGACCAAUGAAAGUGAUCCACUGAACUGGAGAGACACACUGAUGGUAUAUGAGCGAGACAGGAGUGACAGACCUAAUUGGAGACAACUCAGAGAGAUAGAAAGGCAGAGUUGGAGACACGUACGGGAAGAUAGCAGUGAUAGAAAGAAUUGGAGAAAUAUCCGGGAGGAUAGCAGUGAUAGAAAGAAUUGGAGAAAUAUCCGGGAGGAUAGCAGUGAUAGAAAGAAUUGGAGAAAAGAUGCCAGAGAAGAUGACAGUGAUAGAAAGAAUUGGACAAAAGAUGCCAGAGAAGAUGACAGUGAUAGAAAGAAUUGGAGGAAAGAUGUCAGAGAAGAUGACUGAUAGAAAGAAUUGGAGAGAUAAUGUCAAAUAGUUAGAAAGACUUGAAACAUUGAAAUCAAAGAAUACGGUAGUCAUAGAAAGAAUUGCAAAAGUGAGAAUGAUUCGAAAGAAAGACAAAAUACCCAGAAGAGCCUAAAAAAUAAAUAAAAAACACAGAAUAGUGAACUCACUGCCAGGUAUAAACUACACCAUUAAUGAAAUACAAACAUAGCUUUAAUGAUAUGCAUAGCAGACUAUAUGUGUAGAAAAUCUUAUUUAAUGCAUUUUAAAUGACCUUAAAGGACGAAGUGUGUGAAUAGCAUGUGUAGUUAUGCAAUAAAUUUAAAAAAUGUGUGAAUAGCCUGUAUGAAAUCGUAAUGCAAGCUUUAUAUAUUACCUUGCAAAGUGAUAGUGAACAUAGAAUCGUGUGAAUACACAUUAAAUACAAAAAGAUAUCAACCCACCCCAUUUUUUUUCCUAAAGAAAAUCCCUUCCACAUUACAUCUUCAAGAAAAAACACAUUUCUUACAGCAUUAAGCACAAUCUUUGUGUAUCUAAACAUUGAAUAUGUUUGCUUUUGUGAAAGAAAUUCGCUGUAAACAUAUAUCUAUUUGAAGUACUAUUUUGUAUUUUGUUUAACUUAUUUUACCAUAUGUAAAAUAAUGAUUAUGUUAUAUGUUUGUUCGUUGUUGUUUUUUGUCUAUGCCUUCCAUUACAAACUAACCAUUGGAUGCUAUGUGAGUUUUUUUCGCGAAGUUUCAAUCAACUGUAUAUGUAAAUAUACAGAUUGUAAUAAAGUGUCACUUAUAAUGGCCUUAUAAUUUUAAAAUGUGUAUUUGUGUACGUAUACACGUUGCUUAUGACGUCAUGGAUGACCAUCAUGUCGAUGUCGUGUAACCGUAUUUAUAUAUCAGAUGUUAAGUCUAUAUCAAUCAAGUUAACGUAACCUUGUCAACAUCUUAGUGUGACAUCAAAUAAUUAUUAUAUAUUUCUGCGAAAAUGGUCACAUGACACCCUCGUCAGCCCACUUCACCUCGUAUAUAUACUAAUAGAUCUUAAGAUCUUGACAAUGACUAUGACAACCUAUUGAUUACCUUUUCUCGACACAGUGUAUACUGUAUAGAAAAGAUGUUCAGUAGACCAUUACAACGUCUGUACACAAUGUAAAGCUAGAAUCCGAUUUUUAUAGCUAGUGGAUCGAUUUAUUAGUGCAGGCAUGAAAUAAUUUACACAUUGUUUUCGCUAGUCAAUACCAUUAUCAAUUCUUUAUACAAUAUAUACAAUUAUAUCUAUAUAUAUAUAUUAUUUCUUUUGUACUUUGCAUGCUUAUAGCAUACUCCCAGUGCGCUGUCUUAAUCAAGGGGGGGGGGG